AUGGUCCUCGGGCAGCUUAGAAGCUGCUGGUUCUUGAAGCGGUGGAAAGGUGUGAAGGAAUGCAAGAGCUGCCUGCGGGAGAUCACAGACCCGGCCGAGCUGCCCUGCAGCCACAUCUUCUGCACUCGCUGCAUCCUGGAGUGGACGAACAAGCAGUGUAAGAUCUGCAAGGAGGAAUUCCCGGAGGAUUACACACCCAUGGCUUCAGAGGCCACAAGGUUCAACAAUGUCAAGGUUCACUUGGAAGAAUACCUGUCCCAGAUGGAGGAGAAGAUAAUAUCCAACCAAAGUAACAGGGACCAUUUCUACUUCAUGGUGGUGCAUUGUCCUGGAGCUGCAGACCCCAACGCACCCGCUGCCGAGGGGAACGAGAAAGAGCAAGACCUGGUGAACGCGAUGAAGCGGCUGGUUGCGAAGGCUCAGACUCCGUGGCCUCAGGUGUUCCUCAUCAGGAAUCUCUGUGACAUCUGUGGGCUCAGCUCCAUGUGGAAGAUCCUCCAGCCUGUCCUGCGACAAAUGGAGAACAUCCUCCGGUUGCCGUCCGUCCCAGAUGAGCUGCUGGAAGACAAACUGAGGAAGAUCAUGGAUGCGUUGGGUGACAGCGAAGACCCAGGCCUGCUGGAGCUGGUCUUCCACGCUGCGCUCGUUCUGGUCUUGUUCCCGAGCCGCGUCACUCACCUCUUCAGGAACAUCUGCUUCAAGCCUGACGUGGUGAAGGGCUCCUACCUUCCCACCAUGCCUGGAGACCUGCUUUUUGAUGAGGGGAACUGGAAAAUCGGCACAUCGGAAAAGAUUUGGACUUGUCGGUGCGGCUCGUACUGGAUCGUCACCCACUGUGGGCUUCCCAUGGAAAUGAAGAAAUGCAAAUGUGGCGCCAUCGUCGGGGGAGCUAACCACAAACCUGAGGCAGGCUUCACGCAGAAGGAAAUCACCAAGGACAAAACGGAGAAAGGGUACGUCCUGGAGAGCCCUGGCUCGCGGAGAAACGAGCUGGAGAGGUGCCUGUCUCCUGCCUGCGUGGGUCUCGUGAGAGCUCUGCUCCAUUCGUCCCUCCUGCUGGGGAUCCAUGCGGACAAACAGAGCAAACCAGAGGACGUGGAAGAGUUCUUCUGGGGCCACCUUCGGAAAGAUGUGGCGUGCCUGGCAGAAGCGCUCGGCAGGAACACGGAGGACGCCGUGUUGACUGUCCAUCUGUUUCUACGGCACCUGAGCAACGACAGCCUAGCAGAUGAGAGCGCAGCCUUGAGCGUCCUGCGUGAGAAAAAGGACCGAGAAGAAUGGGAAACCUCCUUCAAAGCCCUGGCUCAGCCCUUCUUCCAGGAAUUGGAGCAGACCCUUAAUUCUGUCAAGGAGCAGAGGAUGAACGAAGGUCCCCAUGGCUCCAGCGUCCUCCUGAAAAUAGCUUACGGCCAGACACCACCUUUCCAAGACCUGCCAAGGCAGGGGUUGAUCAACCAGCCCUGCAUGUGGAGAUUUGAACAGAAGAUGACCAUCCAGACCCUGAUGCAUUUCCUGCAGCAGGAAGAUAGAGGAGGCGCUGGAAAUCCAUACCCCAUUCUACUGGAGCUCCUCUCGAAGCUGGAGAACAUCUCCCACGUCCGACACCUGCCCGACAUUUUCCGUCUGCAGAACUCCCUGAUCCACUUCUUCCAAAACAGCCACAAAGGGGAAAAGUACACAGUCCGGCAAUUCCUGGACCAGCCUGAACUUUCAGAGGACCAGCGUUUGGCUUUCAGCAGAGCUAUAGAGACGAUCAAGAAAGUUUGGAGCAAUAUUAAGAUGAACCCGGCCAGCUCAGGCAUCACCGUCCUGCCAGACCUCUCGCCGAACGACAUCAACGUCAACACCGCCGUCCUUCACCUCCUCCCCACCCAACCGUCCAUCAGCCACCUGGUGACCACGUUCCUCAUCCAGCUGCAGAACAACUGCAUCGACACGGCGGCGCAGGUCACCAGGGAGAGGCAACGGUCCAUCUCUGCAGAAGAGGUGAAACCCUCCUCCGUGCUGGCCAUAACCAAGAGCGAUCUGGUGACCAUGGCGCUUACCAACUUGCAGUACGAGAUCGACGAAGACGGCACCAAGAGGACCUACUUCGACUUCCAGAUGCUCCAGCGGCAAGUGGUUCAUCGUUUCAUCAGCGGAAAGCCCCUUAUCAAGGCUCAGACGGCUCCAUCCGUUGCCCUCAACAACGUGAGGACCCUCCAGGCCACCAAGAUGAAAGUCAGGGAUCAAGUGCCGCAGGAGCCUCUCAGCAUCAACCAGCAGAAGCGCAUCAUGGAAGAAGCCCGCUCGGUCAACGCCCUCUCCAAGACCUUGGCCACCCUGAAGGUGGCUGCCGAAUUUCUGGCUGUGACAGGUGGGCACCCGGAGUGCCCGCUGCCCGAAUACGUCCGGCAGGAGCUGAAGAUGGACGCCGCCGCGAAACAAUUCCAGGACCUGCCGGUGGUGCCCAACGCCCGGCUGAAGCACAUCCUGGCGCUGUGGCAGGUCCUGGCGGCUCGCAGGUCCAUGCUGUUGGUACAGAUGAACCAGGAUCCCUUCUGCCUGGUACCCAAGGAGUUCCAAGGGCAGCUGGAGGCAAGCGAGGCGAAAGCCUUGGCCUCCGCGUUGUCCAACACCAACCUCGACCUCUUCCUCAUUGAGCUGCACGAGAUGAUCGCGGUGGCGCUGUCCGGAUAUCAACCCGAACAUGAGCUGAAGGACGCCUUUAUGUUCUUCCUGGAAGUCAAAGAAUUCCCCACCACGACCGUGGACACUCUCACGGAUGCCCUGGACCCCGGCAUUCCUGUCGGGAAGAUCCUUUCCGUCUGGAGGACGGCUGCGAAGACCAGUCAAAUCAACGUUCCCGCGUACGGCCAGGAGAGGCCAGCCCAAGGCAGCCGUUAGCCCCGCUUCUCGCAACGACCCUGCUGGUGGCUUGUCCCCGUUGGGCGCAGAGGAACCGUCUACCCCAAUCCCAGCUCCGGGCUCAACGCACCAGUUGCCUGUGGGCUGCUGGGAGCAGCUCCGGCCUCCGAUCCCAAGCGUCCCUGUCCCUCCAACCGUACCGAGCCGCAGCAAGAACUUGGGAGACCGUUCCCACAGACGCAUCCCCAGUGGGAUCCGAGGAGCUGGAAGCCCCUCUACCACCCUGAUGUUGGUUGGAGAGUGGUUCCGUGUCCCCUCCGUGCCCAUCAGCGGUGGCCUCUUGUCCCGCCUCAUUCCUUCCUCUCCCUUCCGGCAUCAUUAAAUGCUCAAGGACC